CACCCAAGAAGAAAAGCCAGAAGCUUCCAUGGCCGCAGCUUCAUUUCUAGUUCGAUGAGUGAUUUCAUUGUGCCUCUUUUAAUUCAGCCAGCUCAUUUUCACCUCUGUAGCUUCGACUACUGAGUUUAAAACAUCUUUCACGUUGAGAUGCAGCUCAGAAGCGCCAAGUACAAAACGUCACUCUGUGACUGGCCACUGUGUGCCUCAUGAAAUAGCAGAAUAUUUGUGGACUAGGUCUAAAUUGGGAGCCUGGAUGAAUGAACUUGAAACUAGCGUGGAAUUCUUAGUUUUUCAAGACUCCUACCCACUGAAUCUUUGGGGCGAAACUGGCAAUGGAAAGCAAAAGCCUUAAUUACUUGCUUCUAAAGUAACAUCUGAAGUCAUUGGAAGACGAACACACGGUAGCACAGCCAUGGAAAGGAAUUCAAGCUUAUGGAGGAACCUACUCGAUGAGCACCCGGUGUGCACAGCCUGGAAGCCAGCGGCAGAAGGAGCCAUUUACCAUCUUGCUAGUAUUUUAUUCGUAGUGGGUCUCAUGGGUGGCAGUGGAUUCUUCGGGCUCCUGUAUGUCUUCAGUUUGCUGGGACUGGGUUUCCUGUGCUCUGCAGUGUGGGCAUGGGUGGAUAUCUGUGCCGCUGACAUAUUUUCCUGGAAUUUUGUACUGUUUGUCAUCUGCUUCAUGCAGUUUGUUCAUAUUGCAUAUCAAGUUCACAGCAUAACCUUUGCCCGAGAAUUCCAGGUGCUGUACAGCGCCCUUUUCCAGCCCCUGGGGAUCUCUUUGCCAGUCUUCAGAACGAUUGCUCUGAGCUCUGAAGUGGUCACCCUGGAAAGGGAGCACUGUUACGCCAUGCAGGGCAAAACCUCCAUUGAUAAGCUCUCCCUGCUCAUCUCAGGAAGGAUCAGAGUGACGGUCGAUGGUGAAUUUCUGCACUACAUUUUCCCCUUCCAGUUUUUGGAUUCUCCUGAGUGGGAUUCACUGAGACCCACGGAAGAAGGCAUUUUUCAGGUCACCCUCACAGCAGAGACUGAUUGCCGGUAUGUGUCCUGGAGGAGAAAGAAAUUAUAUUUGCUCUUCGCUCAGCACCGUUACAUCUCCCGUCUGUUUUCCGUUUUAAUUGGCAGCGACAUAGCGGAUAAACUGUAUGCCUUGAAUGAUAGGAUAUAUUUUGGGAAAAAGUAUCACUACGACAUUCGAUUGCCCAAUUACUAUCACAUGUCAAGUCCAGAAAUGCCCAGAUCACCCCUGACAGAACCAUUUUGGAAUUCCAGGCAAUAUUGUAAUAAAUGACAUCAAAAUCAGGAGUUUUAUUACUAUUAUGAAAAGACUCUUAAUCAUUCCCUGAAAGAUAUAGCAAAAUACAGAAGCCUGUGAUGGCUAGUAUUUUUAUAAAUCAGAUUGAGCGGCAAGAUGCCAAAGCCAGAUGCUUUAUUCAUCCCAACCUCUGCUUUGCGAAUAAAUUUUACACAUUGUCCCUCUAUUCUUGGUGUUAUAACUGGGGGGAGGGUGAGUCGCUGGGCAGUUUGCUGUUUGCUGCCACAGAACUGGGAGGAUGAAGUCGCCCAUUCCCAGAUAUUUGCUGAGAUUUUCUCAGAUGUAUACCUGCUCGGUGGACUUGGCAUUUGUUCUCAGCGUGAGAGGGGAAUGUUAGGGUUUUUGUAAGCAUUUCCAGAGCUCAGUUUUUUUGCUACAACCUCUGAGGAAGACACAAUGCAUAACUGUGGUAGCUUGCAAUUUAUUUUUACAUGUGAAGUUACUUGAUAUGACUAAAAUGUAGAAUAAAUGCGAGAGAUAAUACGCUAA